AAUGGUGUAAAGUGUAAUCACAGGAAUGUCAAGUCAGUCAAGUCAAUAGUCAUUGAAGGUUGAAGUGGUUCCUCUCAAUCUUUUGCUUAAGAACAUACCUACAGUCAUUCUGACAAAAACUCAAUCUCUUCGUCACUUCGAUCUCUUUGUUUUCCUUUACUGAAGAAGUUUUUACCUUCACUACCUGUGUAGGUACUCAGUGUUUUUUAAUACGAUUCUGCGCUUCCACCCCCAAAAUGCUGAUUGCAUACCUUCAAAAAGUAAUCAUCAACAAGCACACCUUUCACGCGGCUCUCAUCAUCCGUUUGCUGAAUUUAGCCAUCGUCCAGUCUUGGUUUUCCCCCGAUGAGUAUUGGCAGUCAUUGGAGGUUGCCCAUAAAUUUGUUUUUGGGAAUGGUUAUUUGACGUGGGAGUGGCAGUAUGGCAUCAGAAGUUAUGCAUAUGUUGCUUUCAUUUCCCUUAUUUACAAGAUUCUUCGAGUAUUGCAUCUGGACUCCGUUUUCCUCUUGACUAAUGUUCCUCGGAUCCUUCAGGCUGUUUUCAGUGCUUAUGCUGACUCAUGUUUUGUAGAAUGGGUUCGACGGGAAACAAACCUGAAGCAAGGGGCUUUUGCACUUUAUGCAUACUACACUUCUUGGUUUAUAGCCUUCUGUUCGACGCGGACCUUAAUUAACACAGUUGAAUUGAAUGUCACUGCAAUCGCUUUACUUUACUAUCCUUUUAAGAAACAACACAGACCAGAUUCUCGGUUUUUGUGGUUUGUAAGUUUCCUGUGUUUAAUGCGCCCAACUGCCGCAAUCGUAUGGCUACCGUUAUGUGUCUUCCACCUAUUAGAAGUUGAAAAUAGUUUGGCAGCUCUGAUCACAUCUUAUUUGCCGAUUGGUUUAACAGCCCUCACCAUCUCAACCCUGUUGGACUCAUAUCUUCACGGUAGCCUGGUCUUCACCAGCUUCAACUUUUUUUGGUUCAACAUCUUUCAUAAUAUUGGAGUGCAUUACGGGUCGCAUUCCUUUCAUUGGUACCUCACUCAAGGAUUGCCUGUCGUCUUGGGUCCCUUCCUUCUCCCUCUAAUCAGAGGUCCAAUCGAGUUUACGCCCAUUUACAGAAAGUUGACUUUAUCUAUUCUAUUUUCUGUCCUGAUUUUAAGCCUGAUACCUCACAAAGAAUUCCGCUUUCUACUGCCUCUUAUGCCUGCUAUGAUGUUCAUCCUUUCAAACCGAUUGUUCACAUGGUUCAGACGCAUAAAAAAUCAGAAUUUUGCUAAUUUACUCAUCAUUUGUGCAGCCAUCAUUAAUUUCGGGACGCUGAUAUUCUUUGGUAUGUUUCAUCAAAUUGGUGCGCUAACAAUUUUAAACAAAGUGCCUGUAAAACCGAAUACAAACCUCCUAAUUCUAACUCCCUGCCAUUCGACGCCUCUAUACAGUCACAUCCAUGCAAACAUUUCCAUUCGAUUUUUAACAUGUGAGCCGAACUUGAAAACUUUGCCCAACUAUUCGGAUGAAGCAGACAGAUUUUAUGAGGAUCCUUUGAAAUGGCUGCAUGAAGAAUUCAAGAAUGGAACAAAUUUACCCUCGCAUAUCAUAUCCUUUGAGAGGUUGAGUGACCCUAUCCUGCCAUUUUUGCAUUCUAAUAGCUAUCGAUUGAUCGAGCGGAUAUUUCAUGCAGUUUUCUCCCCCGAUGAUAGAAUUUCAUCGCAUAUCUGUCUCUUUGAGAAGUACCGAUAGCUCUAAAAGCAAAGUUUCAAUUCAAAAUAACUAAAUGCACUCUGGGCUGAGCCCAUAAGUUUUGUAAAUCUCAAUGGAUUGUCAAGUUGGUGUUUCUCACUGAACAGAAAUG